AUGCCAGGCCAAGUCUUGACCAGCAUGGAGUACCCAGAGAUGUUCUAUGAGACAAUGCCUGAUGUGAUUUUGUUCUCAGUGAUGAAACCAAUCAUGGAGGCUUGCCUUGUCUCUGACUUUCGAUUGGAGGAUGUCAUCCGUCCACGGAAGCAGUACUUCCGUCGUAUCUUGUCAGGACUCCUUAACUUCUUGGGCUACUUUUUGGAAAUGCAAAAGAGGUUCUUAGAACGGGAACAAAAGGUUCUCUUGGAAGUGGAGAAAGCCAAGGAGCAGCAAAGAGAUCUAUCUAAGCUCAAAGAAGAGAUGAAUGAACUCACUGUAGCCUGCUCUCAGUUUGACUACACUCUUGAGGGAUUACAAGGGGAGCAGACAAAGAAAAUGGAGAGAAUGGAAACCCUUGAACGCAGGAAGGAAGAUAUGAAGAGUAGAGCAGCUGAACUCAGAGAGGAGCUUGAAUCUCUCACCAAUGAAUUAUUAUCUGCUUCUGAAACUGUUAACCAGGUGGAAAAGGAAGGGAAGGAUUUGGAGAGCCGUAUCAUUCGCUCACCAAAUGAGCUCAUGAAGAGUGUUUUGGCUGCUGAGAAUGAAGUCUUGGAAAAGGAGAGGGAAUAUGCAUAUGGCUUAGAGAAAAGCACAAAUUUGAAGAAAGACUAUAAGAACUGUGAGAGCUUGGUCAGCCUGAAAGAUCGAGUCAUGCGCAUGAUGCAGGAAAUCCAUUUGCAGCAAACUUCACUAAGACAAGUGCAAGAUGAUAUGGAAGAACUAGAGGAGAAGACAGGACGAUUUAGAAUAGACCUAUCUAAGAAGAUGGAGUUGAAAGAUGUGAAGAAACAAGAGGUGAAGCUUCUGGCAGAACAGAUAGACUCUAGCAAGAGACAGCAUAUGAAAACUCAAGAGGGAAAGAAGCAAGAUUGGGUCCAGACCUCCAAGUUGGUGGAGGAAAAUAUGAAGGAAUGGAAGAUACUCAAGGAGGAGUUGAAUGCUUUGGAACAGCAGUUACAGGAUUGUCUUAGUGAAAUUCAGAAUGCUAAGGAACUGCAAUUGAAAAUUCACGAUAACUUUGAGGCAAAGAAAUCCAGUCUUGAGAAAAAGUGGGAGGCUUUCAUGAGUACCCUCAUGCAGCAAUUGGAUGAUCUUAAGGAUCAAAUGCAGUAUGCAGUCAGAGGACCAGCUCAAUGACUAUCCUGAAUGGCAUUUUUAUGCACAUCGAUAAGUGAAUGCUGAAGACACUUUUUCAACUGUGAAAAGAUUCUGUUGCCAAGUACCAUUCAAUGUUGCCCACUGUGACAAUUUUCUCCCUC